AUGGCGAAACAACCUCCAUCCCCUACCACUCCACUAUUUUUUACCCGGAUCAGUGAUCGGGAUCUGACUGAGAUCGAGCUACAUUCCGUGGAGUCCAUCAACGACCUGCACCGCACCCACCCAGAGCACAACCACAAAGGCAGCAGACGACCUCCCCUUCCUCCUGCUCCCUCCACCAAUGGGAACCUCCAUCUCCGGGACAGACCAGUUGUCUAUCAGACAGGGCAUCCAAUGAGAAGCCGAUGGCAGAGCACGCUCCGAGACCUGUUGAUGCCCACCUCGUUUCGAUACACCAUGGGGUGUGCAGUGACAUCACUGAUGCUGUUGACGCUACUUCUUAUCUUCUAUUUCUUAGUUCAGCAGGGCAGCACUCUCCGGUCCCUAACGGAAGCAGUGAGGGAGAGACAGGCUGUGGCCCUAGAGGUCUCCCAGCUCAUCCAGGAGCUGCAGGCGCUGCGCCACAACCUCACAGCCAUCACGGGAGGAUCCUGAGGAGCAGAGGUCACGGAGAGGAACACCCUUCACCCCUGGACCCUGAAAGCCCCGUCCUAGUGGCCCCUGAACACUAAUGUAACACCAACUGCUAACUACCUGCCCCAAAAUCUCCACUCAAGUCAAAUCCCUGCCCUGCACAUGGUAUUGGAACUUGGGCCCAUCCAGAAACAACCCCUACUGCCAUAUGCACAACAUUGCCCGGGUGUGCACAACAGAGCCCGGGAGUUGGAACCCACAGAGAAUGUUUCCAUAUACUGUACUGUAUAUUUAUGAGUUGUUUGAUUUGCAAGACAAAUAGGGGAUAGAAAGACACUCAUUCAGUAAGAUUGCAGGGU